AUUUUUAAUAAAGAUUCGAAUAUGUUGCCUAUAUUGUAUAGACAGACCGAAGAAAUACCUCUCUUUGAUGCUAUCGAGAAGUAUGUAGUCAGGAACUUUGGCCCAAGAGAAUUUGAAGCCAUUAAAACUCAGAUCACAGAACUUCAUGAGUACAGAAACGAAAUUGCUGGAAUGGAAUCUUACGAUGAUGUCCUUUGUCUUGAGAAAUACGAAAAGAUUCUCAUUAACUAUUACAUCGGAAUGUCGUUUAUUGAGAAGAAAUUCUCAUUUGGAUCAAAGGAUGACACUGUGAAACUUAACUUUCCAUGGAAGGACUCUCAAACUAAAGAAAAGAAGGCUAGUAAAGAUGGACUCCAGCUAGAGCUUAACUCUGUUCUCUAUAACUUAGGAGCUGUGCUCAAUAAUAUUGGUGUUUAUACCCCUCUAGAAGGUGAUUCAAUUAAAUCAGUCUCUCAAAAAUUCCAAGAAGCAGCUUGGCUCUUUGACCAUAUGAAGAAGACAGUUGAAGGCUUGAAGCCAUCGAAUAGAUCUCAUGAUUUCACCGUGGAGAAUUUGCUAUAUAACUCCACAAUUCAGUUAGCCCAGUCUCAGUAUUGCUUCUUCAAGAAGGCAGAGACAGCUGGGAUGAAGCCAGGAAUCUGUGCUAAAAUUACCUUCCAGCUUAAGUCAUUCUUCGAAGAAGCUGGCAACUACUGCAAGGCUAGUAAGGUUCUCUCAAAAUGAGGAUUUUUGGCCAACACAAAGUUCUACAUUACUUACUAUGAAGCCAUUGCUCACUACUUCAAAGGAAGAGAAUACAAAGAUAGUGCUGAAGAGAGUGGUGGAGGAAUGGGUAACGCUGAAGGCCAUCUAGCUCUAGCUUUAGCCAAAUUAGAAUCUGUCUCAACUUAUGACGCUAGAACCAAGGAUGCUCUUAAACAAAGAAAGGAGCAAAUAGAGAAUGAAUACGAAGAUGUCAAGAAGAUCAACUCAAACGUGUACUAUGAAGGAUGCACCCCAGCUAAAGAACUGGCCAAGAUUGAGAGCAAGAACUUCACUAUGCACAGAAGUAUGGAGCAGAAAUUGGAAGAACCAUUCGUCGGAGCAGAAAAGUUCGAAGUUUUCCUACCAAUGGAGGUGAGAAAAUUGGAAGGAGAGUUCCAGCAGGAGGCUAAUAAGAUUAUCAAUCAAAACUUGGAAAUCCUCCAAAAAUUAUCUGCCGAUGAGGAUGGAUUCUUGGCCUCCCAAGGACUCCCGCAGGCUGUAUACUCUUUGUCAGGCAAAGAAGAGAUUCCAGAUGAUUUGUGGAACAGAGUCAGCGAAUUCCAGCAGAGAGGAAAUUAUCAGUAUCUUGAAAAUUUACUCAUUGGAGUUAAGCAGAAUAGACAAACAUGCUUUGACAUUGUUGCUAAGUGCGAAACUGCUGUUGUAGAGGAAGAGAAUGAAGAUUCAAGCAUGAGAGCAGCUUAUGGGGCUAGGUGGCAGAGAUUACCAAGCUCUUCACUAAAUUCAGAGAUCAAGACUAGAAUUGAAUCUUAUAAAGGAAACUUGGACAAAGCUUUUGAGACUGAUUCAACAGUAGAAUCAAACAUUGCUGCAAUUAAGCCCAAAAUGGCCAACUUGCAAUUAUCACGUAAUGAAUUAACUCAAAAGAUGCCAAAAUCUAAGGCUAGCGAAGCAGCUUCUUCACCAGCUGUUGCUAACAUUCAACAAGCUAUAGAGCAAUUGAAUGAAUUGAAGAGGCAAAGACAGAAUUCAAUGACUCAGAUGACAGCAGGACUGGAGUCUGCAAACUUAAGAAAAGAUCUGAUGGCGGUUCAUUCUGGAAGCUUAUCUAAGGAAGCUGCUUUUGAAACUCAUUUACAAGGAUUAAAUGGAUACACAGAAGCUAUCGAAGAUCAGCAAAUCAAAUCUUCUGAGUUAUUAUCCCUCAUUGAUACCAAUAUGAUGAGCUUCAAUGAGAUUAUUGCAGGAGCAUCUCAGAGCGAUAAAGUUGAAUUCUUCAAGAGUAUUGAUGAAGGGCUUAAAAUAUACUAUGAGAACAUGAAUCUUCUUUCAAAUGGAGCCAAAUUCUAUAAGCAAAUGCAUACCUAUCUUACAAGUCUCCACUUGUUCACCAACGAUUUUGUUGCUUCUAGAACUGUUGAGAAAGACCAAAUCAUUGAGCAGAUUAACAGCGGAGGAAUGCCACCUCCAGGAGCCCCAGGCACCACUGGAUCUCCUUAUAACCCAUCAUUCAUCCCACAGAACCCAUAUGGAGGAGCUCAGUACAAAUAGAAACU